CGCGUCCACUCCCUGCAUCCAAAGUUCCGAACCCAAUUCCUCCAAAUUUCCCAUUUCAUCCCCAAAUUUCCCAAUCACCAGAAACACAAUUCCCCCUUGUUCUACCCCAAAUUCACAGUUGCGCCACUGUCAUUCUCCACUGCCGUUGUUCCUCUGUCACGGUUACCCCUUCUUCUUCUUUCGUGAACCUCCUUCUCUUCUCUCCUUCACUCACUCCUUCUGUUCACCCACUCUCCACCACCGUCCUCCUCCAGCGACGCCAUUUCAGCUGCCGCGCCGCUUCCCCAAGCCCACCUCCAGCUCCCCUGACUGAUCCUCCUCCCAGAAACGAUUCCGGCAUGCUUCGAGAGAAUAUACUAAUGAAACAGAAGUUCAGGCCCUCCAAGUACAGAAGAAGUUGGGAUAUAGUCACAAAAUGUGGUCCUCUCUUGGCAUCCUAUCCCUUUAUUUAAGAGAUUAUGUGAUAUCUGCAACAUAAGAAGUAACCCAUUAAAUCAUCCUUGUAUUUAACCAUUUAUUAGCUUCUCAGCUGUCUCUUCUUAAAGGUGGCAUCAGUCUUUGGCAAGAACUCUCAAAUUUCAAGUAACCUUUCAUAAACACAAGGAAGACAAUACCGUGUAAAUAUUUGUUCAUAUGUUCAAUCUACCUAUUUUAGUUUGUCAGCAUAUAAUUUGGAACUUUUCAAAGCCAAACAUUUUGAUUUCUUUGCUUUUGGAGUAGGGUGGAGAAUAUAGUUCAACUCUAACUUACCUUAAUGAAAAUUUAAUAUAAAAAGAAUGAUUCAUGCCUCAUAUUACAUAGUUAUUCAUGCCUCAUGUCUGUUUCAAUUUGAUGAAGUCAGCUAGAAACAUUUCUUUCAAUUUUAUUGUUAUACUUUCAUGUUUUGUUUCUUUAGGCAUUUGUUACCUCCAUUAACCUUCAUGUGGCAUUUUACUUCUCUACAAGGUAAAACAUUGGGUUCAGUAGGGACUUCAUCUGCCCAGGCUGCCAGCAAUCCAUGUUAUGUCAGAAGAAUAAAAAAAUACAAGGAUAUGGUUGGUAGAGACGGAGAUCGCGAUCGUGGCCGUGGCCGAGGCCGAGGCCAAAAGGGUGAUCCAGCUACUGUACAUAUCUUUGGUAAAGACACAGAACGUGGCCGUGGCCGAGGCCGAAAGGGGAGGCCUAGGCUUUCUACCGGUUGCCCACUUGACUUACAUGCAGAUCCAUACACUCGUUGGGUCAUCAGGAGGCACGACUGUUCCGACUAGUGGGAGAUCGCCACCUAUUGCUACUACUAUCCCCUCUCGUCAGAAGCCUCAGAUACACAUGAUGCCUACUCCGGGUGCACCAAGAUCAUGCGCUCAACAAGCCAAUGAGCAUCCCAACACUGCCUCACAUAGUGUGCAGAGUGAUCCAGCUAUCGUAACUCCCAAUCGAGCAAGAUCUUGUGGGAAAAAACAAACCACAUCUACUGGUACCCAAGAUACUCAGGGUCCAAGAACAUCCACUGCCAUUGGUCACUUCAUCACAAGUGAUCCUAAGCUUAGAUAUGAUGGUGCCAAAUGUUGGCACCCACCAAAGCCUGGCUUGAAGCGCAUUUCUCAGGUUUUUAAGGAAAAUUACAAGUCUUGGCAGAGUUUUGAUGAGGCAGAUGAUGAUACUCGAAAAAUAUGGUGGACAGAAUGGAGGAAUCAAUCGCUUGGAAGACCAUCGCGUAUGGAUGAGUUUUUUGAGCACACCCAUACUCACAAAGAGGAUAGGACUCAAUGGGUUGAUGAACACUCCCGAAUGGCAAAGGAGACAUUUCAAGAGCGCAUGUUUCAGGCUGAGCAAGAGCGACAGGCUGCUAUAGAGGCUGGUGUAACUGAUCCACCGCCUGUCUCUGAGGAAAGCAUAUGGAUUGAGACAGUGGGUGGAAAACGAAAAGGUAGGGUAUAUAGCAUAGGUGAGGUAAGGAAUUCUUCCAUGGUGCGACCCCGAGUUGAUGGGCCAACCACGACCACCAUCACUGAUAUUUUGGAUCUUAGAGAAUAAAUCAUAAUACUCAAAGGGAAAAAAGAGAGUGGCAACAGACGGUUGAAUCCUUGCGUGAGGAUCUCAACACCUGUAACUCACAGAUGGAUCGGUUUAGUCAUCAACUUAGCAGCUUGACUGAGUAUGUAAGGGCCAUGGGUCCUAGUAGUUCUGGAUCACAUGUCCCUACACCUCCUCUUUUUACUUUUCCAAGCUCCUAGAAAAGUGCAGCCCCAGGAAAAAAACUCCACCUAUCUUGCAUCCCCCAGGACAGUCACAGGGCGCUCAUAUGGAGGAUAAUUCUGACGAUCUCGAUGACUCAGAUGAGGACUAUUUAGAUGAGUACGAGUAGGAUUAUUUACUUUGUUUUGAAUAUUUUGUAUUAUUA